GCGCCGCUACUGCCGCCGCCGCCAUGAAUAGCGUAGGGGAGGCCUGCACCGACAUGAAGCGCGAGUACGACCAGUGCUUCAAUCGCUGGUUUGCCGAAAAGUUCCUCAAGGGGGACGGCUCCGGAGACCCGUGCACCGACCUCUUCAAGCGCUAUCAGCAGUGUGUUCAGAAAGCAAUAAAGGAGAAAGAGAUUCCCAUUGAAGGACUGGAAUUCAUGGGCCAUGGCAAAGAAAAGCCUGAAAGCUCUUCUUGACCUUGACAGUCACCUUGAAAAUAGACUCCUCCAAUCAGGAAAUUGAGGACACUGGAUUUGGGCAAUUAAGGCUGUGAAAAUAGCCAUCGAUUUGAUGAAGAGUUUAGGAGGAAGGAGUUUUCUUUCCUCCUUGAUUUCUCUCACUUGUAAAAGAUGAUGAACCCCAUCACUCUGCUAGGAGAUGAUUUCUCACUUGCUCUGGCAUCCUGCAGGAACUCCAUGUGCUUAAACUGAAUGACUUCUUGGGAUUAUGGUUGCAAUACUUGGUCUGGGAUCAGCUUUAAAUAUCCUUUGUAUGUAAAUACUGAUAAACCUGUCCAGAUGAUCAGGGCUGCCUGACCUCUUGAGUUUUGCUGCAAAGGACAUUAGGUACAUUGUACCUAAAGGGUUAUUAUUCAUGGAAACAAUUGGUUAGGAUCUCUCUUUUCUCUCAGGGAGCUAAAGCUCUGAAAAGGGAUCCCAGCACAACAGUUUUAAUCAAUGCUUGGGAGCACGGUUUUAUUUUUAUAAUAACAACUUUUAAGAUUGCUGGUGGACUGGGUUAGCCAAGAGGAAGACAGCUUUAAGAGUUCUCUGCCUUAAGAAGAGGUGUCAGAUUUCUGAUUAAGAUGUGAAAGCUUGAAGAAUGUUGCACACCAUUUCUGAGCUCAUAGUGUAGUUUAGGAAUGAAGAUCCUUGGAGUAACAAUGGAGGAAGAUCCUAAAUUGCAAAGAUUUGCUGUUGCCAGCUUUCAGCCCAAAUUAAGCAAGCGAACCUGUAUUAUCAUUAAACUGCCAAAAUGCUGCCUUUAGUAAAAUGGGAGAAGUUUGUUUUAUUUGCCUUGUGUACCUAUCCUGCCUGUAAUGUUUGUAAUCAUGAAGAUGGAAUAAACUGUAACAUUUAGUUUCAUUAUUUGCCCCUGGAGAACUCAGUGUACUUUACAGAACAAGUAUUACACUGUAACCCCACAUAUCCCAUAUGUACACUGGGGAAAGUUUUGUUUUAUAAUUUAAAGAUGAAGAAAAAGUUAAAAUUUAUCUAAGGUAAAUAGUGUGCUAAAACAACUAGAAACCUGAUUUCUAAAAUUUAUUCCCACAGUAAGCUACACAAAUAACUUAAUAUGCUUCUAUACUGCAAAAAAAAAAUGUCAGGAUCAGGUGAGCACUUACACACUUUGGAAUGUCAGGUAGUCACCAAAUUGCAUGUCUUGAGUAAUUUGGUUCAAUUAUAUAUACCCAGUACAGUAAACAAUUUACAGAAGAUGGAAAUUGUAUUAACCUCUAAUUUACCAGUGACCACUUCAUAUUUAACAUGACCAGUCCUUAAUGUCAUUUCAAUACAUUCUACAUUUACAUUUUGACUGGUUACGGUCCAUUAUAUACAUGGAUUAAAAAGAUAUUUGAGAUCCAGCUGAGGGAGGCCAGGCAGCAAGCCAAAGUAAAGUAAUCUGUCCUGAACUCAGACUGACCACAAGUACAAUGGUUCUUUGGGGACUUGGAAGUACAAGCACAGGCUGCGGUUAGAUCACAAAAUGGAAAAGGGAGCAGGGAUCCUUUUCUCCCUUACGGUAAAAGGCUUUUAUAGCCUGUGUUUCCAUAUGCCUCACCUUUGCAGUACUAGUUUACUAUAUGUUACUAUGCAAUACCAAAACCUGGUAGCUGCUUGAAUCUUACUACAAAACUGUCUGGUUGAGCCUCGAGAAUAAAACCACUCCAAGUCAACCAUGUUUUUUCAUUGUAACUGCUGAGAGAAUAAUUUCUUCGGAUUGUUCUUUAUUUUUUUUGAGAGGGAGAGAAGAGAACCUUAGGCAGGCUCCACACAGCGUGGAGCCCGAUGUAGGGCUCAAUCUCACAACUCUGAGAUCAUGACCUGAGCUGCAAUCAAGAGUCAGACACUUAACCAACUGAGCCACCCAGGUGCCCAAUUGUUCUUCAUUCUAUUUUGACUUCAUCCUGCCCAUAAAGUGAUUCCAACUAUCUCAGCUACUUCAAAGAUUUUAAAUUUUGAAGAGAAAUUAAAUGCUCUGUAAGGGUGGCUUUGUUACUAUUACUCUUGUUUCUCCCUAAUUCUUAAUGCUACAGGAAGGUUUUAAUUCCAGAAACAAAUAAAGCUCAUUGCCAUAUA